AAUUUAUAGUAGUUUAAAAGUAUAUUUUAGUGAACAAAUGUGGUAGUUGCUUCUUAAGCGCGUUACUCGUAGAGUAGAAGGGCAUAUUGUAUUCGAUGAAAAGUAUGUAAAAGGUAAAAGGAAGCGUUUCCGACCCAUAGAGUAUAUGUAUUCUUGAUCAGGAUCAAUAGCCGAGACGAAGGAGGUCGUCUGUCCGUAUGAGCGUGAAAAUCUCGAAAACUUUAACUAUUAGAAGUUAUUUAGUUAGAAAGCUCUCUGCCUCCACUCUGCCGCUGCUCGGCCGCUGCUUUGCCAGCAAAACAUUAUCCCAUGCUUAUUAGAUAGGGCUGUGGUGAUCGCUGAUGUAGAGAAAGAAGCUUGAGCUCAGUGUUGGCAAUGCAAUUCGACAGAAGGCGCCACAUAGACCGGUAUAUUUUUUGUUAAUGAAUGUUAAUGAAUAUUUAGUUUGAAGUUUGUUAGCUAAGUAACGGGUUUCCUAUACUCGGGGAACUCGACGAUAAUUUUUCGUUUUGUUUGUUAUUGAUCCAAGUGGUAUUCAAAUUUUAAAACAAUUUUAUACUGGACUAUCAUGGUAUGUUGUGACCAAUCUAUCUUCUGUCAUUAUAAGUUAUCUAAAAUACAUUUCAAUAUAAACUACAUACAGAUUUUUACAUUUUGUAGCAUUGAAAACAAAACGAAAUUUAGGAACUUAAUGGUCAGGUUGUCGUAGCGCCUGGGUGCCUGACUUUUUACCACCAAUUUCAAUUAUAACAACGAGCGUAAACCUUGAACCUCCUAACUAUGACACAUUUGGCAAGGAUAACCAAAACCAAACCGACCCAAAAUGUGCAAGAUGUGUUUGUACAGAAAAGUGAGAUGAUCUCCAUAAGAAACCUGCUCGUGUUCUUUAAUAAAACACUAGAUUGCGAAUUGCUGAGCAUGGACGACCUAAAAACAGGGGCAGUAUACUGCCAGGUCAUGCAUAGGCUCUUUCCAAAGUCAAUUCUUAUCGAAAAAGUCAAGUUUUAUACGCACAGCAAAGUCGAGUUCAAAACAAAUUUUCGGCUGUUGCAAAACAGCUUUGAAAAGCUAAAAGUAACGCGGUAUCUUCCGGUGGAAGAAUUAAUUUUGGGGCACAGUCACUAUGACCUUUGCAACUGGAUGUACAAAUUCUUUCAAACCAACGAUAAUGGGCGCGAAUACGAUGCCAAAAAAGUUAGGAAAAACUCGGCCAUCGGCCUCAGCAGAGGUCCCAAGUUCGUUGGUAUGACACGCAAUGCCAAUGCCAUGCAAAAGUGUCAGUCGAUGAACUUUAAUCAUAUUAAAGAUCCGAACAAGUACGAAAGAAGAAGUUGCUUGGGUAGUAUAAGCUGUGAUCGUAUCAAUUUCAAAAAGACUUUGCCGGACAAGCAAAUUAUAAAGCAGAAGUCCAAGCCGCCGCCAAAGAAAAGCUCAGUUUUUUUGGAAUUUCACCCAGAGAGCAAGUACGUGCCCCUACCUUCGGAAAGCGAAGAUGAGCUGAAUUUGGGAGGUCAGCAAUCUUUUCGGCAAAACAAGAUUUUGGACAAACUCAGUUCUGAGGAAAAGGUUUUGACACGGGCAUUUUUCACAAUCGAGAUGACAAACAAGAAUGGUCGAGACUCCACAAGUUUUAAGUCUUUGAAAGCUCUGAGCAACAAGUGCAAACAGUACAUAAUUGAUCUUCAUACCAAGGUUCUUAUUAUCGAUGAUUUAAAAUGCAAGAUACGUAGUUUGGCCAAAACGAUAAAAGAGCUUACUGAAAAGUUUAAGAACAUGGAACAAGUGUUAAUCAAAUACGGUGACAAUCCGACGUGUGCUGUUCAGAAAAUUAAGAACAUCCUCUUCAUGAAUCCCCAAAUGGCGGCAGUACCUCUGAGAAGACCACAUAGAAGAGGGGAUUUUAAAGAAUCAUCCCAUUCUGAGGAAAAGGCUUUCACAAUAGAAUUUUCAAACAAUCCGAAGAGUCUUCGGUCUCUGAGCAACAAGUGCGAUCACUACAUAAGUGAUCAUCAGACCAAGGUUCUUAUUAUCAAUGAUUUAAAAUGCAAGAUACGUCGCUUGGACACAAAGCUAAGAGAGCUCACCGAAAAAUGGAAUAAUAUGGAACACAUAUUUAUCAAAUACAGUAACAAUCCAACGUGUGCUGUAAAGAAUAUGAAAAACAUCCUUUUUAUUGAUCCCCAAGUGGCGGCAGUACCUCCGCGUGGACCCCAUGAAAAAGGGGAAACUAACCAUGAUGCAGCAUCCCAUUUCAAGGUUCAGCUAAUCAGGGAAGGUAGUUUUAUAAAACACCAAACGAUGCCUCCACGUCGUAGCAAAGAAACGAAGACGUGCAUCGAAUUUGUAUCCAAAAAGUCUUAUGACAGAGAUCCAAAAUCCCCAGAUUCUGUAGACUCUUUCAACGAUGAUCCAAGGCACAAUCAUAUGAACCGUUUGAGCAACGAUACGACGAUACUCAAUUGCCAAGGGCAUUGUCAUUCCAGGCUUAGGCACUAUUCGAAGAAUUAUGCCAGACAUGCAUUGGACUCAUUGGUCGAAGAUGAACAUCAUACCAGGCGCUCUAGAUCUCCAGUCGGCAUGUAUUGCUGCCAUAUUGGGGAUUGGACGGACAUGCCCGCAGGUCACCAGGAUAGACGAUGUUCCGAGGAAAGGGAUUUAUGCAUUGCAAAAAUUGUAAACAUAAAAAGUCCAACUCGGAUUCCUAAGAUGGUAAAGUCACAUGGUUGUAAUAUUGAUAUUGAAUAAGAAGCAAUAAAACCAUUUAAAUGUUUUUCAAUAGAAAGCCACAAGUUGAUCUUUCUGAAAUAUUUUAUAGUUAUUUUAAAGUUCCUUAAACUUGGACUUCAAGAAGGAUGUUUAUAAACAACAAACUGCGUAAAACAAAGCAGUUGUUCUAAAUUUCUGUUACGAAUUAUCAAAUUAAAUUAACAUUUCUGCCUUUAUUAAAAAUUUAAGUA